AUGCUCUUGGUCAACGACCGCCAGCCGUCGGGUCUCUUGACAUCGACCAGUGCCACCAGUCGCAAGCGCAAAGUCGUUCUGCCCGACGACUGCCGAGACAAGCGCGCGCGUCGCUCGUGGACGGAGCUCGAGUACGAGAUGGUGCUGGAAGAGGCCACGCUGCUGCGCGAGGAGCUCGACCUGCUGCUCCAUGUAGCCGCCGACCUCUGUCGAGACCUCGGGCGGGUCGACACGCCGGUGGGCAGUUUCAGCGCGACGUUGGACCACAUUGGCGCGUCGCUGGCGUCGUCCCAGGCGCUGACGGUGCCGCAGAUCCGCAGCAUGUGCCAGCAAAUGCUCGCGAUGAUGCAGUACCUCUGCCGCGCGCACGGCCGCCACUUUGCCCUCGUGGACAUGCAGGACCAAUUGUGCGCGUGUCGCAACCGGUUCACGCUCUUUGUGUGCAACAAUGCCGCGCUGAUUGGGCUAUAA